CCAUCAAAAAUCCUUAAUUUAUUAAUCGUUUUAUCGGCUUUAAUCCUCCGUGGAAUACGUCCAUCUUGAGCUCCGCAUAUCGCAAAUCUUUCGCGAUGCACCUUUCAGUUGACCAUCGUCCGGCGCGCUUCAAACACGCUCCCAUCCGCCCGCGAACAAUUCGAAAAAAGAAAAUCUUGUCUAUGCCGCGCGAAGUGAUGUGCCGUUUUUGUCUGUGACGCUGCAAUUUCAAACUUUUUCGCCGAGUUUUGUUGGUUUUAAAACUUAACGGUGUUUUAUGGCUAUCGCCGUAUUCGGAUGAAGGAUACAUUACUUUGUUAAAAGCGGAUUUUUCAUUGCAACGCUGCGCGCACACGGAUAAUCAUGAUAUUGGGCAUAACGGACGAGGUGUCAACAUGCUGAAAAACAUUGGGCCCAGGGCCCUUCCGACUAGCACGAGAUGGUGACGAUGGACAGCGACAGCGUGCGCCUCGGCGGGUUCCGUCUGGGCGCGCGCGAGGAGCCCGAGCGGCGCCCGCGCACGCCCUCCGUGUCCUCCCUCUCCCUCUACAAGCAGAAGAUCGACGCGCUCUUCGACGACUCGCGCUCCGUCGCCAGCCUCCCGCAGUACGCGCCCGCCACCCACCUCACCGACACCAAGGCAACGAGAGACGGUAACGAUGAAAGCUAUUGCCAGAAUAAAAUCAACAAGAUUAACAACACGGUUCAGGAUCGAAUAGAGAGGAUGUUUGCGGAUAUGGCGGGCGAGUCCAGGCAGUCGAUCGAGAGCAUCGGCGUGCACGUGUUCAGUGUGCACUAUCUGGGCUCCAGUCCUCUUCAGAGCAAGGUCACCAGCCUCUCCGGCCUCCAAACACCACUCAAAGACCUAUACUUCGCCUACAGAAGAAACUACCGCCAUAAAAGUAACCUCACGGGAAGACUAGAAAUCUCAAAAAGUGGCCUCAAGGUCAGAUAUAAAGGAGAAAAAGGUGAUUUAGAACAGUUGAACCCGUUCCCGACGAUAGCAGUAUGGUCUGCCGUCAAAUUCGUCGUACAACCGUCUGAGAAGGAGAACCACGACUUAAGCUAUGCUUUCUUACCUCUAAUCACUGAUCCAGACAAUAUUGACCGUCACGCGUUGUUCAAAACUUUGGAAAUACCUGACAAAAAAUAUAUCCUCUCCCACAACGAAAAUUCGCAUUCACCCCUUUUCGCUGUUGUGAUGAGGAAGAUCGGAGUCGCCAAGCAAUUGGAGUGUCAUGGGUUUGUAUGUCAGACGUCCGAGGACGCUAUCGUGAUAGCGGCCACGCUAUACAAAUCUCUGAUGUCACACAUGAGCCGGCAGGGUCACAGCGGUGAUAUGAAGAAGCUCAGAAAUCGAAACGGAGUUAGCUGUAUGAGCGUAACGAGUAGUAUAACACAAAAUGAUAUGCCCAUAAAACCACCGCGGAAGAAACGAAGCACAUCGUCUUUAAGUGGUGAUAGUGAUCGACCCGAUGGAUUCUCAGCCAGUGAGUCUUUCCACGAAAGACCUAAACUGGAACGGACUAGAAGAAUUUUAGCUGCAGAAGGGUACCGUCUGCCGUCACCACCGCCCUCAAUUUCCCCCGCCGAACCUAAAAGAAUAACUGUCGAAGAGGUAAAAGCUAAAUUAGAUUCCAUAAAGCACGACACGAGCGGAAGCGAUACGCAAGAAUCAAAGAAAUCGAUGGCAAAAGAUUCACUAAGUCCUACUAUUAACGCUAAGAUAUCGAAUCCUCUACCUCUUCAAAGCAGCAGCGAGUCUUCAGUUCGGAGUAAAGUUUCUGAAAAGAUUGAACUAUUUAGACAGUUGGAGAAACGAAAAAACCUCCCGAGACCACCGACUUUACCCCCUCCUAUUCCAACGAAACCACAUGAAUCGCCUGAUCAUUCAAAAGAAACUCUCAGGAGAAGUCACAGUGGCAGAAAGUCUCUCAAUGAAUCAGGUGAUAUUCUGACGAAGGUGGCGAUACCCCGCUCUGGCAGUUUUCUCAACGCCGGUGGACUGACCAGAUAUAAAUCUAUUGGACACAGAAACAACGGGAAAAAGGGAGGCGGUUCCCCACUAGGGUUCAACGAACUUUUCAAUGAAUUCAAGGUUCAAGAGAAUUUACACUCGAUGGAUGAAAUAUUGAAUGCCAUAAUAGACGCCGAAGGCAUGUCCUUCAACGAUUUGAAACCGAUAUAUAAAGAAUUUCUUUUAAAAUUAGCUGUUACCCUUACGAAGGAUGAAAUAUUCCAACAUAGUAAAGCUAUUAUGAAGAAACAGAAAAAGAAAAUUUUAAGAAGGAACAGUAUAUUCCAAACUAAGAGGCGAAAGAUAUUCAAAGGAGCUAGUGGCUUACGCAUGGUAUUCAGGAUGCCUUUCGGGAAAGAGUUGCCAAAAAUUGAAAAGACCAACCAUAAAAUCGGUUCGUUUGAUUUACAAACAGUAGCUAACAAAGAACCUAUAUCGGAAAGCUCAGUGUCAACGUCAAGUUACGAUUUGAGGCAGUUUCGUCCGAAAGAACCACCAUUACCGCCACCGAAGCGACAAACUAUGAGGCAACGGAAGCGUGCCGACAAGGUCGUGCAUGUUUCCAAACGAAAUGGAAAGGUUUCGAGACCUGGAGAAAGGACAUCCACUUCAGAAGAUUCAGAUUUUUUGACAUUGAGUAACCGUCUCGGUUGUCAAAACCGGAAUAGUUCAAGCGGAUACGUAUCAUGCUCAGAAUGCGAAUCAGAAAGCUGCGUAGAUCGUUGCUACUGCUCACUGAAAGAGGACAGCAAGGCAAAAUGUUACUGCUACGAAGGAGGUGUCAAGAGAGAUUCGUCCAAAACGAGGCUCCUUAGUAAAAGCAAAAACUGCAAAGACUGUUCCAAGGACGUUUACGACGGCGACUUCAGCUACUGCUCGUGCGACUCCGAGUCGUGCGCCGACAGCAACAAGUGCUACUGCGCGGUCGAGUACCAGCGCGAACGCUACGCCUCCUACCAGACCAAGUCCAGCUACUGCUCGUGCGACUCCGAGUCGUGCGCCGACAGCAACAAGUGCUACUGCGCGGUCGAGUACCAGCGGGAACGCUAUGCCUCCUACCAGACCAAGUCCAGCGAUUGGCAUGUUGUCUACGACGUUUACGACGGCGACUUCAGCUACUGCUCGUGCGACUCCGAGUCGUGCGCCGACAGCAACAAGUGCUACUGCGCGGUCGAGUACCAGCGCGAACGCUACGCCUCCUACCAGACCAAGUCCAGCGAUUGGCAUGUUGUCUACGACGUUUACGACGGCGACUUCAGCUACUGCUCGUGCGACUCCGAGUCGUGCGCCGACAGCAACAAGUGCUACUGCGCGGUCGAGUACCAGCGCGAACGCUACGCCUCCUACCAGACCAAGUCCAGAUCGAGCGUCACGUCGAAAUCACGCCGUUCAGAGCGCAGCCGGCGCGCGCGCAGCUCGGACAGCCUGGCGCUCGACUACGAGCUGCUGCUGCAGAAUAAGGCCCGCGACACGCGGCCCGCCUCGCGCAACCUGCAGCGCCUCACAGUGCGUAGCACCGGCGCCGGCUCCCAAGACGCCCUCAGCGUGAAGAAGUCCGCCGAGAUGGCGGCGCUGUUCGCCGACGUGCGGCUCUCGCAGCGCACGGACGUGCGCUCGCUGCUGGGCGGGGCGCGGCGCGCGCGGGCGCCGCCGCUGCCGCCCGCGCCCCCCGCGCCGGCCGCCGCGCCCGCGCGCGCGCCGCUCGCGCGCAUGUUCGAGCGCCCGCUCAGCAGGAACGCGAGCCUCGAGGACACGCUCGGAUAUUUGCCAUGAUCGAGGGGGCGGAGGGUCAGGAUGGUUUGUCGGUUGGCCGUCAUUAUGGAAUAGGUUCGGUAUUUUAUGGCU